AUGACUUGGUACUGUGAACCAGGACACCGUCCCAAAGUUGUUCGGUUCGUUAACUCUCGGACAAGUCUCACCUGCAUGCAAUUAACCGCAGAGUCAGCAAUUAAUGUUGGAAAUCUUGGUUCACGAUGCUGCCGCAAAAACACGAGCCGUCACUUGCAUUCUCCGUUCAUGCACGGAAAAUAUUUCAGUACACGAAGAAUUUACUUGGAAGAUUUGGCUGUUGAAGUUAAAACUAUUACUAAGGGUGAUGGACUACAGCAACCGCUGACCGCUUUCGAUGAAACUUCACCAUCCAGUUUAGAAACGGUUGACGGUGGCUAUCCAACAAGAUCUUACAAGCAGACAGCUCCAUCUCCGAAGAGAGUAAGAAUCGCACCGACGAUGCAAGUGAACGACGGGCACGGUAAAGAACGUACAUUACCCACAAUUGUGGUACCUCAAGACGGAAAAGACAAAUUUGGUUCGGGUUCGACUUCGGGUUCGGCUUCUAGUGCUAGUGCUGGCGCAGGUGUUGGUGGUGGUGCUGGUGCUGGUGCUGGUAGUGUUGGUGUUGCUGGCGGUGCUGGUGGUGCUGGUAUUGCUAGUGGUGCUGGUGCUGGGGUUGCUGGCGGUGCUGGUUCGAAUACCAUGCCAACAGGCUAUCAGCAUUACCAUUAUCAACCAACGCAAAUCAAGGGCCAUCCGAAAUCUUCUCCAAAAGAAGAACAUGUCGGCCGAGCAGUUAGCUCUGACUACGAGCCAGUCCAGAAUCUUCCAGAAGCCACUGCCACGGGUAGCAUGAGUACCGGCGGUGUUAUGGCGGGUGGUGAAAGUGGUGCCAGUUUUAGGAGCGCAAGUGGUAGUCCUGGUGUCGCUACUGUGGGAGGAAGCGGUGUGGCUGUGGCCGCAGGUGGCGGUGGUACCAGUGUUAGCAGUAGUGGUGGUGGUGGUGAUGGUGGAGUAAUUAUUAGUGGUGGCGGCGGUGGUGUAGCUGUUAGUGGAGAAGGAUCGGAUGUAUCGUCAACGCUUCAAUCGCAGCAACAACAUCAUUAUCAACAACAACAACAACAACAGCAACAGCAGCAGUACUCGACCCAAAGCAGUUUCUCGUCUUCCUCUGCUGGUCAAGCUUCCGCUGACCAGUCGAUGCAAAGGCAUUUCCAGGCACCAUCUUCUCACGUACCGGCCAGUGGAUAUGCCACAGCUCCUCGUUCGCUCCACCAGUAUCAUCCAAGCGAGCCUGUAGCCGGCGGUAAUUUGGCCGCGUCUUCCGGCGCCGUCAGCAGCAGCAAGUACGCGACCACCUCGAGACACCAUGCCGCCGAUUCGUCUUUGGCUCGGAACCAGCAAUACCAACAGCUGUUGCAGCAGCAGCAAGAGCAACAGCAGCAACUGCAGCAACAACAGCUGCAACAGCAGCAACAACAAUUUCUACAACGCCAGCAGGAACUGAUGCAAAAGCAGCAACAGCAGUCGCAGCAGGAACUGAUGCAAAAGCAGCAACAGCAGUCGCAGCAGAAGCACAUGCAAUUUCAGCAGCAAAUGCAGAUCCAGCAGCAGCAACUGGAGCAGCAACUUCGUCAGCAAAAACAACAACAGCAGCAACAAUUGUUACUCCAACAACAGCAGCAGCAACAAGAACUGAUGUUGCAACAGCAGCAGCAGCAGCAGCAGCAGCAGCAACAACAACAAAAACAGCAACAAUUGCAACAAUCGCAACAAUUGCAACAAUCGCAACAAUUUCGAUCGGCCAUUGACGAAUCGAUGCGCUCGACUCCCACACCUACUUUAGAGCGAACCCCUUUGCUUCAAGCUCAAGGUCAACUGGGUGGUGUUUCACCGAUUCAGAAACCGGCCGGUUACAACGUGACGUCAUCGACCGUGGUGCGUUCGACGACCUCCAGCCAGCACGAAGACGACGAUUACGACGAAGCCGACGGUAUCUCUGCAAUUGGUUCCUACCCGAGGCGUCAGUGGCUGCAGGAUAUGGACAACCCACCAGAACCGGCACCGCUCCAGUAUCCGUCGGCCAAGCGGCCCAUGACUUUCCAACCAACUAGUUCUUCGAAGGUUAGCAUUUACGACAAUGUUAACAUACCUUUCAUUGACGGUCAGUGAGUAAAGGGUGGGGGAGGUGAUUGAGGGUGGGGAAUUGAGUGUAGUGAUGGUGGUAGUGGUGGUAGUGGUGGUGGUGGUAAGAGUGGCAGUAAUAUUGUUGGCGGUGAUGAUGUUGAUGGCGGCGAUUGUAGUAAUAGUGAUUGCCUACGUAGUGGAGAUGGUAAUGGAGGCACUGAUGGUGGUGAUGACGAUGGCGAUGGUGAAGGUGAUGGUCUAUGUAGUAGUGGUGUUAGUGGUGAAAAAUGAACGAUUGUGGUGGUAGCAGUGGUGGUAUCGACUGGAGUGGUGGGGAGGAGGAAGCAGUCGGAUGGUAGUGACUGGUGAUGGGGGGGGGGGGAGAUUUCGAUAGAUGGCAGAGACGGUGGGGUGGAACUGUAGCAAAAAUAGAGUUGUAUAAUGGAUUUGUAGUGUUAAAUAUGAAUGGUAAGGAUAGUAGAAGUGGUAGUGGAUUUUGCAACGGAUAAAGGUUAAUAUAGGACGGCAGCACUGUAAAAAAUUCUGGUCGGGUGGAAUGAAGGUAGUAUUAUUGGCAGACGGGGGUGGAUCAUUUCGGUUUCAAGACAUGUUUUAUUAAUUAGGUAUAAAUGAUAAAAUGAAAAAAAAUAUUCAUUUAUUAUAAAACGGUUUCAAUCCAACAUGGUGGAAGCUGAUAUCCAUAUGAUGAUGGCGAUGCCGGCGGCAUGUCGAAUUUAACUGAUAAUCCAAACAAGCGAACGGAUUCAAUUACAAGAGGAACAGAAAUAUUUAUUGGACCUCAAUUUAAGACAAAAGAGAAUAAAUAAAGUGUUUACACCAAGGAACAUACGAUGAAAGUAAAUUUUACCUGAUGACGCAAAGCAAACUUUAAAAAAAAUAAUGUGACGUUAUCUGUUUUAAUCAUUUGGCCAUCUCAACUACAUCAUUAUGCAAGAUAUCGAGAUAUACUCCUUGCAAAAGAACCGAGGCGGUCAUAGUUGGAAUACCUCUCGAUCAUGGAUCUUGUAGUUCUGGUUUCAAUUAGAGGUAAAGAAGACCAGCAGUGGCCCUCAAUGGUGAUACACAACCUGAUGGGAAAAGUAGUACAUACUCAAAUUUACGCACUGCUACCGUCUUUUGCAGAAUGAAAGUGACUGUUUGGGACUUGUGUCUUUCAUAGCAAAAAAUGUUAGAUAAGCCGAAUGGAAACAGAAUUAUAUAUUUAAAACAAAAAGCAAAAAGAGAGAGAGAAACAAAACAAUUUUUCGGGAAGUUAAAGUAUGAAACAAGAGAUCAAAAUGGACUCCCCCCACACACAUUCACGUGCACAAUAUUAAACAAGAGAAAGGAAAGAAUAAUUAAGCAUGACAGAAGAACUGGAAUGGAAAAGCAUGAGUGAAACGAAAAAGCAGGUCAUACGAGGGAGGAAGAGAAAUAUAUAAUAAAAGAAUGUUUAAAUUGA